CCUCCUUCCCGCCGCCGCCCGUCUCCGUCUUUCUCCCGCUCGGUCGGCGGCCGCCAUUUUGUCGGUUGUUGUUGUUGUUGUGGGGGAACUUUUCCCCCUCCUUUCUCUCUCUCCUCUCUCUCUUAUCUCUCCCUUUUCCCCCUCCCUCCCCUCUCCCGCACCUCCGUGGACGGUCAUUUGCGAUAUUUGGGUUUUUUUCCCUCUUUCUCUCUCUCCCCCCCCUCUCUUUAUCUUCCGCCGCCGUGCUGUUGCGUGUGUGGGGGUUAUUUUUCCCCCCGCCUUCUUGAGGAGAGGAGGGGGGGAGAAAAAAAAGGAAAGGAAGGGGGAGGGAAAGGAAGGGGGAGAGAGAGGGGGAAAAAGGGGAAAAAAGCGGCCUGGAGUUUGCGUGCGAUCUCUUUUUUUCUUCUCUUCCCCCCCCUUCUUUCUCUGUGUGUGUGUGAGGCGCUCCCUCCCUCGGCGCUCCCUCAGAGGAAACACGUUUCAAAUCAUUGAGAAGGACAGCGGCCCUCCAUCCAUUUCCCCCCUCCUCCUCCUCACCCCCCCAACCAGCACCCAGUGAGUCUCAAGCCUCCUCUCUCUCUCUCUCUUCCCUCUCCAUCCUCCACCUCACUCCCCCCCUCCCUCACUCACUCACUCCCCCCCUCCCUCACUACCUCCCCUCCCCUCCCCUCCUCUCUGUCUCUCGGGGGUUUUGUCCUCUCCUCGUUUUGUGGACACUUUUUCCCUAAAAACCAGUUGGUUGGGCCUCUCUAUAAGAUCAACAUGAAUGCAGAAGGAUACGAGAGCCUCAUGGCUGCCAAACUGAUGGCCAGCAAUGUGACCAACAAGAACGACCCGCGCUCCCUGAACUCCCGGGUCUUCAUAGGCAACCUCAACACGGCCGUGGUGAAGAAGACGGACGUGGAGGCCCUCUUCGCCAAGUAUGGCAAGAUUGUCGGCUGCUCGGUGCACAAGGGCUACGCCUUCGUCCAGUACGCCAACGAGAGGACGGCUCGGACGGCAGUGGCGGCUGAGGACGGGAGGAUAAUCGCCGGGCAGCCGCUGGACAUCAACCUGGCCGGGGAACCCAAACCCAACAGACCCAAGAGCGGCCAGAAGAGAUCGGCUUCCGACAUGUAUGGGUCCACAUCUGACCUUGACUAUGACUACUACAGGACUGACUUCUACGACAGCGCACCCCCAACCAGGCAGUCGGAAGGGUACGAGAUCCCGUCACUGACCCGGAUGUACCCCUACCCCAGCAGGGUGCCUCCCCCCUUGCCCAGGCCCGUGACCAUCGCCAAGCGUCCGCGGGUCACGGUCCCCGUGCCGAGGAGAGGGAAGGGGAGCUUCAACAGCAAGUCCGGGCAGAAGUCUGCAUCGUCGGGGAAACCAGCCCGCACCCCUCGGCGCCGCCAAGUGAAAGCCAACGACCUGGCCACCAUCAAAAAGGAGCUGACGCUGAUCAAGAGCAAGGUGGACUCGCUGCUCGACAGCCUGGAGAAGAUCGAGAAGGAGCAGUCGAGCCAGACAGAGGCCAAGAGCGAGAAGGCUGAGGAAGGGAGCGGCGCCAAGGGCGGGAGCGAGUCGAAGAAGGCCGAGAGCGAGGGCACCGGUGAGGAAGGCGACCUGCUGGAGGACGAGGAGGAGGAGCAGCUCGAGGACAGCAAGGGCCGGAAGGAGCGUGAAGAGGGAGAGGAGGAUGGAGGGGACGACGCCAACGGCCAGGACGACCACUAGGCCAGUCGCUCUUGACCAACGCCCGCGUGAAAUCCGAAACAAAAGAUGACCCCCCCCCUCCCUUUCUGCCCCCCCCCCCUUCCCCCCGCUCCCUUGUUGGGCUCCUGUUUACUUUUCUAUAAAGCUUUCUGUUGGUGAGACGGCA